AUGGAUGACCCUAUGAUAUGGGGUGUGUUACCGAACAGGUACUUCUGGGACCCAAACAACAUGAGAUGGUCACUUGGCAGCUACGAUAUAUGUUUCAAGAACAGAGCAUUGGAGUACUUCUUCAGUACCGGCAACACACUGCCAACGCACCGCAAAGCAUACUCGCCACACGGCGGCGUCUUUCAGCCUACCAUGACCCAAGUGAUCCGACUCUUAUCCGACCCAUUCGCCAACACUGCGCCAGAGAAUUGGGAAGGCACUGCUCGACCAUCGGACCAACAGCCCUUGCUACCAACCGCGCACCACUCCCCCUUUCCACCGAGCGAUCCUUUCUCAUCCGCAGCUUUGACCUACAGUACCACCGGCCGCGAUGCCUUCCCAGCACCCGCGGCAUACCCAAGCAGACGCCACAGCUGGGUUCACAUAUUCCCCGAAGGUAUGAUCCAUCAGCAUCCUGAAAAGGCCAUGCGGUACUUCAAAUGGGGUGUCGCACGUCUUAUCCUCGAGGCGGACCCUUGUCCUGAUGUUGUGCCAAUGUGGAUCGAUGGACCACAACAAGUGAUGAACCACGAACGAGGAUGGCCACGCCCAAUGCCGAGAAUCAACAAGGAUAUAAGUGUCAGCUUUGGGGACCUGGUGGACACUGAGGCAAUCUUCGGUCCGUAUCGAGAAAGGUGGCAGAACCUCAAAGAGCGGGCGAGGCGGAAACGCAUCGAUCUCUUGCCGGAAAUGGAUCUCAACGGCAGCAUCGAAAGUGUGGGUGAGCUUGAAGACGAUGAGCUGAAAUAUGGCAAAGAGGCAGAGCAACUCCGAAUCGACGUCACGAUGGCCGUACGCAAUGAAGUUCUCAAGGUCCGACGAGCGGCUGGAUUAGCGGACGAGGACCCAAAGCGUGGUCUUGCAGAGACAUACAGAGCGGAAGGUGGCAAAGAUGCUUCGAAGGUGGAAGGUGAGAAGCUAGAUGGCAGUGUCGUCAAGCCUGGAAUAUGA